AUGGGGAAGGAUUGUCGUGGCCAAUCAAGGAAGAAUUGUCUUGUAAAAGACCGUGAUUGUGAAGAAUAUGAAAGGCCAGGAGAGGAUGAAGGUUCGAAUAAAUGCUCGUAUUGUGGCUGUCCGCCAGCAAAGCACAGGCGAGUGGAGACCAUUGCAACAGUGCAGGAUACUUCUCCGGAGACGAACUCAAAUGCAGUAGGAGACGGCAUAUUACGACCUUACUCAUCUGGACCUAAGUGGAAAGAUAAGAAAUUUGGCUUCGUCCCUGAUGCUAAAAGAAGAAUUUCUCUUUUCGGAAACAAGCUUUUGCCAGAUUUUUAUGAAAGCUUCAAAGUAAGGGCUGGAUCUAAUGUUCAGUUGAUGAAAAGAAUGUUCAUUGCUGAUAGGGAUAGACAGUAUAACAUUACAAUGGACAUUGAGCAGCUGGAAAAUAGGUUUCAGUAUCUAUUGUCCGACAAUCCAGCCUGUGCCGGUAGAUUUCUCUGUGAUGACUACAAGCCAAACCCACAUGAUGACAGUAAUAUCACUAGAUGUAAAAAUGAGGCAAAUGAAAUCAAGCUUAAGCUUCAAGCCAUCAAAGAUAAGAUCUCAAAACACGACGACAGCCUCUUCUCUGAAAACACUGGUAAACUCAAAACUGGACUGAGCUGCCAUCACACCUUUAAUAAUGACAAACGUUAUUAUGUAUCAUCUAGUAUCGAGAAGGAUGUUGAUCGCUUGAUUGAAGAUUUAGACAAAGCAUUUGCUAAGUACCGGGGUGCUUACCACAUUGGCUCAAAAUCUAAAACUUCUAAAGCCAGAAAGAGAAAGGAGCAGAGAAAAAAAUCAAGGAACAGGAGAUUGAACACUUCAAAUAACAGACGAAAAAGAGCUUGCAUGAUAUUUAGAUCCUUGGGAGGAGAGCCUGUUGAACUUUGUUAUGAGCCAGAUAUAUAUGGAAUUUAG